GGGCGGUCGGCGCGGCGCGGCGGGGCGGGCAUGGCGGUGUCGCCCUACGUGCAGGCCAUGCAGGAGCUGUUCCGCGCCAACACGCGCAGCCGCGAGUUCCCGGCGCACGGCGCCAAGGUGCACUCGGUGGCGUGGAGCUGCUGCGGCCGCCGCCUCGCGUCCGGAUCCUUCGAUAAGACCGCCAGCGUCUUCCUGCUGGAGAAGGACCGGCUGGUAAAAGAGAACAACUACCGGGGCCACGGUGACAGCGUGGAUCAGCUCUGCUGGCACCCCAGCAACCCCGACCUCUUUGUCACCGCGUCCGGGGACAAAACCAUCCGCAUCUGGGACGUCCGCACCACCAAGUGCAUCGCCACCGUCAACACCAAAGGGGAGAACAUCAACAUUUGUUGGAGCCCUGAUGGACAGACCAUUGCGGUGGGGAACAAGGAUGAUGUUGUCACCUUCAUUGAUGCAAAGACGCAUCGCUCCAAAGCUGAGGAACAGUUCAAGUUUGAGGUGAAUGAGAUCUCCUGGAACAACGAUAACAACAUGUUCUUCCUCACUAAUGGGAAUGGCUGCAUCAACAUCCUCAGCUACCCAGAACUGAAACCCAUUCAGUCCAUCAAUGCCCAUCCUUCAAACUGCAUCUGCAUCAAGUUUGAUCCCAUGGGGAAGUACUUUGCCACGGGCAGUGCUGAUGCGCUAGUCAGCCUCUGGGAUGUGGAUGAACUGGUGUGUGUGAGGUGCUUCUCCAGGCUUGACUGGCCUGUGCGAACACUGAGCUUUAGCCACGAUGGGAAGAUGCUGGCGUCGGCGUCAGAGGAUCACUUCAUUGACAUUGCAGAGGUGGAGACAGGAGAGAAGCUCUGGGAGGUGCAGUGUGAGUCCCCUACCUUCACAGUGGCCUGGCACCCGAAGAGGCCUCUGCUGGCCUUCGCCUGUGACGACAAAGAUGGCAAAUACGACAGCAGCCGAGAAGCAGGCACUGUCAAGCUCUUCGGGCUCCCCAAUGACUCCUAAUGAAACUGCAGCAGGGCAGGGCACCAGGGGACGCAACACUUCCCCACGCCUGGGGAUGGGAGUGUGCUUAGUUAGCAUAGGACGGGGUAAGGAAGUCGGUCCUCUCCUUACCUGCUUGACAGUGCCGUCACCUUUGUCUCAGCCCA